ACGGACGUGGACGAAGAAGAAUAACAACAACAGGAUAUCAACAUGGCAGCCGACAGUGAUGUGAGUUUUCUGUGCUAAUAAACCCAGAUAAUAUUGUCAGUACUGUGGCGUCAAUGAUUCAGAUGUGGGCUAAAACCUCAUUAUUGCAUGCAUCUUUGUUUAUUUCCUCCUCUAGCCCGAGACGGAAGUGUUUGAGAUCACAGAUUUCACCACCGCCUCUGAGUGGGAACGGUGAGUAUUAAACUGUCAGCUGUCACAGGCCUAAUGGGACUUUACUUCACAUUUAACUCCUAUGUACAACUAUGACAACCGUGGCGCAGGGUAUCAGCCUGUACAGCAAACAUUUACACACAUUUAGAUGUUUAUUUGACCAAGACUUGAUCCUAAACUCCCUUACUCUGACUUGCGGGUGUGGACUAGAUUAUCCCAAAGAGACUCCAGACACUUUUAGCCUGAUCUUCAUUUGCUCUUCUGUUAUCACUGCCAUUUCUCAUUCUCACACUCAUUCUGUCCCUCUGCUUGACUAACACACACCUACUCCCCCAUGCUCCUUCAUCCAGCAGCUCUACAGAUAGAGCAGUUUCCAGGUUUUUAAUGUUGUCUUCUUCAUAAGUUUGGCCUUUGUGUGAUAUUCUUGAGAUGGCCCUCUGAGAGACAUGAUUUGGCCAGUCCAGUGUAAUUUUUUUAGUUUCAAUAAAGAUCCCUGUGCAUCACACAUGAAGGGCUCAGAGUAUGGCUGGGCGAUAAAACCAUAAUGAUAUAUAACCAAAAUUGAUUUCCCUCAAUAUCGAUACAAAACAUGGUCAAUAUGUUUUUCGAUAGCUGGUAUUCUGCUAUGUUUUGGUAGACUAUACGAAUAGCCAAUGAAAAGGGGAGUUGCUCCAGGUCGCGCUGUGCUUAACCAAUCAUGUGCUGAAUUAGAACCAAGUAGCAAACAACGGUGUAGUAGCAGGCUGCAGCUACACGCAACAUAGCACUUUAACACGUAAAGCCGACAGCACUUUUGAUGAGGAAAAAAAGAAAAAGAGUGCUACCCCCCGGCAGAAAUACAGAUGAAGGCUCAACAGAUGAUGGCAUUGUUGACAACACUGGCACGAAAACUUUGGUGGUGUGGAGGUACUUCAUUACUCAUGAAGCAGAGUAAUGUGGACUGCAAAUUAUGUCGAGUACAUGUUCUCACAAAGUCGGGGAAUACCUCAGAUCUUUUUCAUCACCUGAAGCAGUGCCAUGCAGCAGAGCACGCGCAAUGCAAAAGGUUACAAACCCAAAGCAGAGCAAGGAGACCAUGAUGCCUGUGCAGCCAAAACAACUGACCAUUCAGUUCGCUUUCUCUAGUGCAACGUCUUACGACAAAACGGCGAAGAGACACAAAGACCUCACAGAUGCAGUAGCGUAUUGUAUUGCAAAAGACAUGCUACCACUAAGCACUGUUAAAUUUCAUUUUUUAUAUCGUGAUAUAUAUCGAUAUCAACUGAUAGGAAAUAAAUAUAUCAUGAUAAACAUUUUCCUAUAUCGCUCAGCCCUAACUCAGAGACAGGUUGACAACUCACAUGUUACCCUGUCACACGAGUUUCAGUCUUGAAAGAGAGGGUGUUAUCCCUUAAGAGAUUUGGAAUAUAAGUGCUUUUGCUCAUUCAGAUAUUAAACCAUUUUUUAGUCAGAGUUUACAGCUCCUGAAAAGCAGCAGAAAGAGAGACAAUAAUGACUAUAAUGACUACAAAUACCAUCAACACGGACUAGAUAUCCACAUGAUCAUUGCAGUUUUACUCCUUUUAACUGCAGCAUAUCAGCACAUUAUGCCAUAAAUGAUACUGUGUGUGUCCAAAGACUCCCUGCUGCUAAUGAAAGAACUCAUUUUGUCUAUUUGCAGGUUUGUGUCCAGAGUGGAGGAAGUGCUCAAUGACUGGAAGCUGAUUGGUAACUCUGCAGGAAGGCUGUCCCCAGAGAAGGUGCUCUACUCUCAGUAAUCCUUUAAUAAUCUGAUGAAAACGACCAGUCAGCUGCCAGUUUGUCAUUUUUGCUCCAUGUUGACCUCAUUUUCUUCAAACACAGGGUGCAUACACCACAGGAACCUGGUUGGAGAAGUCUCAGGACAUCAACUUUGCAGACUUUAAAUUCGUAGUUACUCAUUUUGUCCUGAAACAAGAGGGCGAGAAUGACAGCGAGAAGGACAAGGUUGAGGAAGGUACAGUCACUUCUGAAUGUAUCACAGCUCUAUUCUGGAGUGUGCCGUCUGUUUUCACUCUACAGUCAAGGGCAGUGUUAGCAUGAUAAACAGUGCAGCCAGACUUCUGAAUCUACUCCUCUAAUAUUCACUCUUUGUCUCCUGACCUUUUGUGUAGAUGCUUUUCCUGCAGCAAUGCAGGACCUUCUGUGUAUGAACAAUGACUUCCCUCCUCGAGCCCACUGCCUGGUGAGAUGGUGAGUUCAGUUUUGCUUUUUUAAAUCCUAAAACAUUGUAGAGAGGCCGUGUCAACAUUAAGAUCUUUUUUUCACUUUUAUAACCUUUAAAUCAGACAACCAUGUUACUUUAGCUUGUGACAGCAUUUGUUUUAUUUAGAGGACUCAUGGUUUACACUUUAUUUGUCCUUGUCAGUCCUGAUUCUUGACUUUGAUAUCUCGGUAUCGUCCUCAUCAAUGACCAAACAAUCAACAGAGGGGAUGAGUUUUUCCAGCUUAAACACUUUUUAGUAGUUGCGAGUGUAGUGUUGGAUUUUUCCUCUGUUUCCGUCCACUCUUUUUAAAUAAAAUCAACAUAAUGUACUAUAAUCUAACAAUGCAAAAAGAUCCACUGGACCCUUCUUUUCCAAAAAGAAACACUACUAGAUGGCAUUCUUUCUCACUCUACAUCAACUUAUUUGCACAGUUUUCAAAUUAACAUAGACUCUUGAACAUGCUGUAUGUUUACAUGUUGACAAAAUAAGAGUUAUUGAUUUAUCGCUUUAGUCUGACUGAACCUGGGCUUUUCAAAUGUAUCUCAGUUGGAACAACAUACCCAGAUAAUGCAGUCAGGGGUCGAUUUUCUCUUGCAUGCAUACGCUUCAACCAAACCCAAAAGUGGCAGUGGCAGAGGCAUUCUGCGCAUGCUCCAUUAGUUGCAUGUCAAUCUUUGGCUCAGAUGUUGAACAGCAGAAAUGUGUUGUUAGAGGCUGGGUACGGAAAAUUAAAAAUGGUGUAGGAGUUGAAAGGAAAAGAAAGGGAUGAAAAAGAAAGUGUGUAAACAUUUGCAUUUAUGUAUGUGUGUAGAAAAAUCAGGAAAGCUGACACCUUUGGUCAUCUAGUUACUAAAAAAUAAAUGACCUGCAGGAGAUCAUAUGAUAGAUAUAAACUUUAUUUGUACAGCACUUUGCUUUAUGAAUUAAAAGAAACUAAAGGAAAGGAAUAUUAUGAUUAAAACUGUAAAAUAAAAACAAAACAGAAGCAGCAUCUAGAGGUUUAAAAUGUGGCAAAAAAUGUCUCCUGUCAAGGCUUGUCUAAAGAAAUAUGUUUUUAAAAGAAGACAAAGAGGAUGCCAAUCGGAACUUUUUGAGGAGGCUGUUCCAGUAGAUUUUACUCUCGGCUUAUCUUACUUCUUCCAAGUCUGUCUGAAGCUGCUGUGACACUAUUCACAGAUGGAUUUAUAGAGAUGCAACCCAGGCUAGAAACAGAGGGCGUAAUGCUGAAAUGUGAUGCCAGUGCAUAUUUUUUUGUGCUGACAGGUACGGUAUGCAAGAGUUUGUAGUAAUCGCUCCAGGAACAAACUGUGAGGCCAUCAUCAGCGAGUCCAAAUGUAACCUGCUGCUCAGCUCCGUCUCCAUCGCUCUGGCAAACAGCGGCUGGUGAGUCACCUGUAUGACUAAGCAUUAGUGUGCUCAUGAAAAGGGCAAAAAGAGCUGAGCCUCAGUUGCCUAUGUGACCAUCUGCGAAGAAACGACACAUGAGGUAGUCACAUUCAAAUCUGCUCUGCCUCUUUUCUGUGUGUCCAGCCAGCUGCCUGUGUUUGUGCAGAUCCAGCAGAAGUGGAGAAAGAUGUUCAACGGAGAGUGCCAGGGUCCAGGUGUGCGCACAGAUUUUGAGAUGGUACACCUCCGCAAGGUGCCGAGUCAGUACAACCACCUUUCAGGGCUGCUGGACAUCUUCAAGUCUAAGAUAGUGAGUGCUGACAAAGUGAUUAAUCUGAUUCGUCCCCUCGCUUGAACUUGGUCACAUGCUCCUUUUCUCCCUCCUCAGGGUUGUAAUCUGUCGCCUCUGCCUCCGAUCAACAUCGCUAUCCGCUUCACCUACAUCCUCCAGGACUGGCAGCAGCAUUCGUGGCCACAGCAGCCUCCAGGUGAGCACAGAGAAAUGAGAUGGUGAAUGUGAACAUGUUAUUCAAUAAAAGCCAGUUACCUCCAUUUCAGCCUCAGCCUCUUUUCCACCCCCCAGGAAUAUCUUUGACUGCUACCAUAAUAUUAUAUUCAGACAGCUCACAACAGCUCACAGCGCAAAGCUUAAGUCCUCUAACUUUCAAUUUUUCUACCCAACCAGAACAAAGCACUAUAAUAUUUGAGAUCUUCGUUCAGUUAUUCUUUAAAAUACGGACAUUUAGCUCGGGUUUGACAACACUUGACUGUUUUUGGACUAAAGCUGUUUGGGAUUUUGUGUCUUUACGUUAGACUUUGACACACUCCUUGGAGGCGAGGUGGGAGGAGUGGAGUUUGGGAAGCUUCCAUUUGGAGCCUGUGAGGAGCCGAUCAGGUAAAAGACUUCAAACUUCUAUCAGUCCUUAAAAAAAAUAAAAAAUAAUAUUGAGUAGAUGUAUUAAUCUGUUUUCUUGUUUUUUUUUCUCUUAGUGAACUCCAUCUUGCAACCACUUGGCCUCACCUGACAGAAGGGAUCGUGGUGGAUAAUGACGUCUACAGGUGCGACUAACUGAUAUGACUGUUAAUGAUAUGCUUCUAACCUUUUGAAAAUCAUCAUCUAAGACUUUCUUGAUGACCUGCACACAUCCUGUGUUUGAUAGAUGCAGAUUUUAAAAGACAAGCAUGUUUCGGUUCUAAUGUAACUACCUGUGCUCUGUUUGUUUGACUCCGCAGUGACCUGGACCCCCUGCAGGCUCCUCACUGGUCAGUCAGAGUCCGGACUGCUGAAAACCCUCAGUGCUUACUGGGUAAGAUCAAUCCUGCAAUCUCAUGUACUAAAACACAACAUCUGAGAUAAAAGCAUGAGGUGGUUUGUGUUAUCCUUUUUACCUUUCUUAUACAAGUCAUUGGUGGGAGAAAAAAAACGAUACAGUAUCGAUACAAUAUCGUGAUAUUUUAUCUAGUAAUAUAUCGACUGCUUUCUCAGUGGGGUUGGCAGAGGUGACAUCACAGAGCAGAACAAAGUUAGUACAACAAAUAUAUAUAUAUCGGGUUUGAAAGAUGUGUUACAUGAAAUAUUAAUGUUGUGUAAAGACGAUAAACAUAAAGGAAAGACAAAUGCUAAAUUAGCUAAACAGUUGAAAAAAUGGUAUAAAUCGCAAUAUAUUGUAUCGCAAUACUCACUGUAUGGCAAAAUGUUCAAAAUUGCAAUAAUAUCGUAUCAUGGCCCAAGUAUCGGCCCAAGUAUCGUGAUAAUAUCGUAUCAUGAUAAUAUCAUAUUGUGGCCCAAGUAUCGUGAUAAUAUCAUAUCGUGAUAAUAUCAUAUCGUGAUAAUAUCGUAUGGUGGCCCAAGUAUCAUGAUAAUAUCAUAUUGUGGUAAUAUCGCAUCAUGAUAAUAUUGUAUCGGGCCCAAGUAUCGUGAUAAUAUUAUAUUGUGGGGCCACUGGUGAUUCCCACCCUUACAAGUCAUCUAGUUUCAAUUUCUGAAUAUUCUUUUAUACGAGGUCAGUGGUCAGCCUGUUCAUGUCAGGUGAUAUUAGCCUCAUUAGUCACUUUGUCAUUGUUCCCCUGAUUUAUUUUAAGUAGUGUUAAUUAAACUUGGUCUAACCAAUCAAAUUCAUGUUUUUAGCUCAAGUAAGUUAAGAUGUAACUCUAAACUUCACUGCUUGGGAUUUCAAAGCUUUGAUUUCAAUCAACACAAUUUUUUCAUUGUCCAAACAAAAAGAAAAUCUCUUAAAAUCGGACCACUUCUUCUCUUCCUGUUGCAGGUGACUUACUGUCAGAGUUUUAUAAGCUCUGCUGUAGGAAGGAGUCCACAGAGGAGGUCCUGGGUAGAACAGCAGCUGAAGAAGAGGGACAAGGUGAGGCUACUUCCUUUGUCAAAUGAAUUAUUAAUAAUAGAAUAAUAAUAAUAACUCUGAAAAUAAAUAAAUAAAUACACGUCUCCCCUGAAAGGAUCUUGUAGACACAUAGAACGAUCACAUGCCUGCCUGUUACUUGGUCUAAAUGGUGAUGACUCCCUGAAGAGAAAAAAAAAAUCAGUGUAAACUACUUAUAAAUAACUUGUCUCUUCUCCUACAGAGAACAGUGACAUCAGCUCAGCUCUAUCCAGGCUAACCGAGCCGACAGCAACAGUCCCCAUCUCCAGACUCUCGGUCUCAAACAUGGUGCACAGCGCCCGCAAACACAUCAGACGUCACCGCCGCGUUGACGAGUCUCCGCUCAGCAAUGACGUUCUCAAUUCUGUCCUGCUGGUAUGAUAACUGUUGUGUUUGAUUUGUUUCGUGUGAUUGAUUGAUUUGUUUGAGCCAUUUUGGAGUUGCUGUCUCAGCUAUAAGAGCUGCAGCUGAUUCCCUGCAGGCCAAUGUGACGGAUCAAAGAAAGUUUAUUAAACCCACUGUUUUGACCUCUGACAGACUCAGAUUGUUAUCAUACAUGUGUCUCUUUCAAGAAUUUCCACUUAAGUGUUUUUUUGUUGUUGUUUGUUUUCAGUGUCUCUUUCCUGACGCUGCCGUGGAGAAGUCAUCAGACAACAGCAAGAAUAAACCUGCACAGUCGAACGCCGAGGGGAAAGCAGAGCAAGAUAAAAACUCUGACUAUGUAUGUUUGACCUUUGAACUCUUUCUUACUCUGACGGGUUGAAGUUUCAGGCAAAUUAAAGUGUUUAGAGAUGUAUGUUUGGGUAAGUAUGAGCUUAAAUGUGUAAUACAUGAACAGUAUUCAAGAAGGAAAACAAACACUAUGAUUGCAGUGUGCUAAAAGAAUAAGACAGUUAACCAAAAACACUGAUAUGGUCUUUAUUUAACAGCACUGAGUCAAAAACUAAAGGCCUGGGGAGGUGAAACACCUUCAAGUCACUGACCUUCCUCACCCCUGUCAUUAGAUUUCCAUGUUAACCUUUUAAAAGGUUUCCUCAGCUCCUUGGGGUUUUAGGGGACAGGUGUUACUAAUGCAUUUUCAGCAGAGAACUUGACAUUAACACUUCAGUUUCUGUAUUUUCUGUAGAUAUUAAGACUUAAGUGUCUUGAGGAAGGUGAGGCAGAACCAGGAACAGAUGCUGUUUAAGCCAGAACACUCUGUCUGGGUUAGCCUGUAUGGUUGACCUUAUCCCCUCUUCAAAAUAUGACUUUUUAAAAAUGUUUUCAGAUUUACUUUUGGGCCCCCUUCCAGUGGCACCCUUAAAUAUCCCUCUCUCAUUGAACUUAUGUUGGAAAAAUUAAGUAUUGUGGUCAAAGGGGCUCAAAACUCCAGCUGCACUUGAAUAGAAGAAGGAAAUGUAUUAUUCUCCUAUUCUGAUCCUCCUUUCUGCUCCAUGUGCCCAGAACCUUUUCCUCCAGCUGAAGUCAGCACCCAUCGACAGUCUGACUUCCCGGCUGGCUCUGUGUGUUUGCCUGAUCAACUACAACUAUGGCGGGCUGCGGGCAGUCGCACACCUGUGGCAGGAGUUUGUCCUGGAGUUGCGCUACCGAUGGGAAAAUAACUACCUCGUCUAUGGGUGGGAAACUACUGUGUGGUUUUACUUGAUGAGAUCUCUACAUUCACUCUGUCCACAUUGGAUUUUUGCUGAUAUCUUAAUCUAGUAACGGUUUCAUGUUCAUUCAUAUUUAUCCUCUCUUCUCAACAUGUUUCCUGAUCUGCAGACUGACAGGUGGACCUCCUGAUCUACGCUGUUGUCUUUUACAUCAGAAGAUCCAGGUAGUGUUUUUGCAAAAUGCACAUAGAAAAAAGUAGAAAAAAGUUGUUUUAUUUAGCAAAAAGAUAGAAAGAAGUAGUUUUAUUAUUCUCUUUCUGGAUAGAUGCUCAACUGCUGCAUCGAGAGGAAGAGAGCGAGAGAUGAAGCUCGCCGGGCGCAGGAUGGAGGUAAGGACAAGGAACACAGGGGGGCUGGGAGCAGCCAGAACGGCCGUCCAACAUCAGACUCUACGACCUCCAAAGAGGUGUCUCCUGGGAAAUCCUGGGAGUCGUGGAGCGACAGUGAGGACGAGUUCUUUGAGUGUGUGAGUGAACAGGGGGAGACGGAGUCCUCGCAGACGGAGGGAGGAGAAAAGGACGGCGGUAAAAUGAAGGCAGAGGGGAGGCUUCACCCACAUAACAACAUGACUCUGCUCAACUCCUCAGAGCCGCUCUAUGUACCCAUCACACAGGUUAGCAGACCCUCCUCUAAGAGCUCCUGUGAAAACAAGUAACAGACAGAUAAACAAUAGCUGUGGUUGUUUUAUUGUCAGGAACCUGCUCCGAUGACUGAGGACCUAUUAGAAGAACAGUCUGAAGUUCUUGCCAAACUGGGGACGUCAGCUGAAGGUUCCCACCUCCGUGCUCGGAUGCAGAGCGCCUGUCUGCUCUCUGACAUGGAGUCCUUCAAGGUGAGACGUGUAUUUAUAAAGUCUAAUAAAAGACUAAAGCUUUGGUUAAGUAUGGGCGAUGUCGCAGAAAUAUAUCACUUUUUCUGUUUUUAGAAGAAUCCUGAUCUUCGUUUUGUCUCCUUCCUAUUUUUUGUUUAAUUUCAAGCCAUGUUUCUUUAUGUAAAAAUGCUGGCCUCAAAGAAACAGGAGAAAUAAAGCUGAUGUUAACAGUCUUUUCCUUCACAGGCAGCAAACCCGGGCUGUGUCCUAGAGGACUUUGUGCGUUGGUACUCACCUCGCGACUACGUGGAGGAGGAGGUGACGGACGAGAGCGGCAACAAGGUGGUGAAAGGAGAGCUCAGCGCCAGGAUGAAGAUCUCAGGAAACAUGUGGGUGGAGGCCUGGGAGUCCGCCAGAGUCACACCUGCACGCCGGCAGAGACGUCUGUUUGACGACACUAAAGAGGCUGAAAAGGUCAUUUACGCUUUCAGCUGAGCACAAGAGUCAUGAGGAGUCCUUUCGAUAUGACAGAUAACACUGAGAGAAACUAAAGCAGGAUUAUUUCCCUUGUUUUUUUUUAGGUUUUACACUAUUUGGCGAUGCUAAAACCUGCAGACGUGACUUGUCAUCUCCUGCCCUGCAUCCUCCACUCUGCCAUUCUGAAGCUAAAAGAAGAAGGUGAGGGAAAGGUGGUUUGGUGUUGAAGUAUGUAGUCACAUGUAAUCACACGUCAUCAUGUAAUAGACAAAACAAAAACAAACAUCCUUUCUGUGUUUUUAUGGAGAACUUAGUUAAAUCUUAAUCACAUUUUCAGGACCUGAGUAAAACCAGGGCAUCCUAAAAUCUGAUAGUUUAAAAUUUAAGGCCUUAAAAUCCUCGAAAAUUCUCUUAAAAUCUUAUAAAAUGCCUUAAAAACGAUUUUGAAAGGUCUUAAAAUGCGUUGAUGUUACUUACAAAUAAAUAACGUGCCAUAGGCAUAAAGAUUGAUUUGUGAUGUGAUGUAAAAUGUUCAGAUUUCCCUUCAUGUCUUCUGUACUUUUUUGCCAGAAUGGAUGUUAAAUUGGUCUUCAAAAAAGUCUUAAAAGGUCUUAAAUUUGGCUUGUUGAAACCUGCAGAAACCCUGAAAAUCCAAUUUUUGGCACAGCACAAUCACACAAAGCCAAAUUAGAAAGCACAGAUGGGAUCUCAAAGCGCAUCAUGGUUUGUCAGUAUUUUUAACUAGAGCACUGAGAUAGUGUGUGUAGGCUGUGUGUGGUUAAAAUGACAUAUAACCACUUGAUCAGAGCUAUGCACCACUCUUACAUGUACGGUGCUAGCUCUUAGCUAUUAGCCAUAUUAUGUACACCAUUUGAUAGAGUUAGUGAUACUACUAGUUAUUGACACUCAGGAUCCACUUUGACUGCAGUAUCAUGUUAUAGACAUAUUAAACACCUCUGUUACUGCCACAAAUUACGAAGCCAGUUCUCUAGACAUGAUGCCCAUAGUUGAUGUGUCGGUCAUUGGGCUUCCUUCUUCAAUCAGCUUGCUUCUGAUUGGCUGUCAUUUUGUUCUGAUUCUACAUAUUGAACAUGUUGAAAAUUCAUGAUUUCAAGUGGGGCGGCUCAUAGGUCAGGGAAAGGAAAAUCACUCUAACACAUCUCACAUCAGAGGAUAACCUGGCAAGAUUAUUUAAAAAUCAACUGAAAUUUUGUUGGUAAAAGGGAACUGGGCUUGAAAUCAGGAUUUAAAACGUCACCUUUAGUGGGUUUAAAAUUACUUCACCUUGAAUUUGUUUCAAUUUGUUUGUACAGUAUGAUUAAUUUCCCUCAAAGACGUUGAAUUUGUAAAUCUGAUCAAAUCCCAUUCCAACGUUUGGCUGCUGUGAAACUAAAUUAUGUUGAAUGAAGUCUGCAGGGUGCAAAAUAAAAUGUUUACGUCCAAAGAAAUCAAUAACUGUGCACCAAAUAUUGAUUUUUAAAGUGUCCUUAUUUAUUAAAAGUGAUUUCAUUUAUAGACUCCAUCACACUGUGACUCUAACAACAGCUGAUUUAUUCUCUCCAUCUCCUCCUCGUCCUCUCUUCACAGAGUCGGUAGAAGACAUUCCUUCAGUCAAAAAGAGCAUUAGGCAAGCUACGAGUCAGGCCAGCAAGCUGCUUCACCCGCCAAACUACGACAUCAAGAAGUUAGAGGUCAGUGUGUUUGAGACGUGGAAUAAAACUCCAGAGGAUGCAAUCAGACACCCUGAGACAUCCAGAGUGUCAAAAUAUAACUUUAAUGUAGAAAAAAAGACCUUCAAACAAUCAAGUAUUCCCUGAAAAUAUGCAUUACAUCAAUUUUGCUGUGAACUUUGCCAAGUAGUUUUGGAGGUUUUUUCAUGUAAAAGAAAUUAUAGAUUUAAAAAUAGUUCUCAUAUUUCCAUUACAAAGCAAAGUCUAUCUCUUAAACAUUUUUAUCUUGGUUUAAUUCAAAUGUUUUAUUCUUAAAACAGACGGAAGAAAAACUGAUUCAAACACAGUCUGCACUCGUGUUAUUGUGCUGUAAUAAUUAAAAGCUCUUCCUGCUCCUGGAGAAAUCAAGUUCCUGUGGCUUUUCUUUGUCUGCAGGAUUUCAUUAACCAGCUGACGGCCAUGGAGACCGUCAUCACCCGAGCUCGUUCACUCAAGGCCAAGUUUUCUCUCUGUGAGGGGGAGAAAGGAGAGGACCAAGAAGAGCUGGAGAAGUAAGUAACAAAGUUGUGUUUUAUAUUUUACUCUGAGAUACAAUUAUGUGACCUCUGUGCGGCUCAGUGUCACAUGACUCUGAUUCUGUCCUCAGGUUUGUCAGCCUAUUGCUGGAGGAACCAGAGGUGGAUGUGAUCGGAGCGGGCCAGGGUCCGGCUGGCAGCAUCAUCCACAAAAUGUUCAUUAACUCUCAGAGGGUAAGAGCUCUCAGUCCCCUGAAUGUCUCUGUGUGUCUCUACUUCAGAAUCGAAGACAAAUGAAGGGAAAUCAGUCCUGGACUUGAAUCAUUUCAGCUGCUUUGAAUGCUAAACUUUAAAAUAAUUUACUCCUGCUUAGACUCCAACAGAUUCAAGCGUUAAUCAGACUUUGCUGAUUAUGAAGGUCUCACUUGAAUACAUUAAGCCAAAACCACAUCAGGAUGAUUUAAUCCCAGUUUGAAGUUGUGAUGUUGGGAUACAGCUGACAGAGAUUUCCUGCUACUUUCUUUCAUCGCAGCAUUUUGUGUAUAAUUCUUGUUCAAUCCAAACUGAAGUACUUUAUAUUUUGUUGUGAAUUUCCUCUUUUUCGACUGUGCUUUGUGUUUUUCCUCUACCUGCCGCUUACAUCAAGCUGGCUGACUUCACCAGUGAUGAGGUAAACAGAGCCGCUGAGACUGCCUGCCUUAAAUAACCUGAUACACCCUUAAAAGUCCCUCAAUGACAGUCUAGUAAUUACAAAUAAACAGCUAAUUAGUCUGCAUUGAAAGAUAAGAGAUGAUACUUGUGACACUAAAAUACUACAACCCUCUGCCAAGUCUACUUCCUGACUGCUGGUUUGUAACGUUUCACCUUCUCCUCUUCUUCAGGCUGCCCUCCUGUCAGCUCUAGAGGAGGACUUCAGCUCCGACAGACGACCGGCUGGAGGAAGCAACAAAGUGCCUGACUUUCCCCCUCCAGCAGGCCGAGAGAUUCUGCUGCGCACGUGUGUCCCUCGGCCCGCACCGUACUCCAAAGCUCUGCCUCAGCGUCUCUUCUGCGUGUUGAUGAAGGAGGAGUUCAGGCUGGCGGGGGCGUUUUCUUCAGACACCUCCUUCUUCUGAGACCAAAUGAUGAACAUGAAUGCAGGACUGAAGCACAGAGGAUGACUGGCAUUAAAAAGAGUGGAUCUGUUUGAUGGUUCUCUGUUGGUUGAGCGGUUUGUUGACAGAUACAUGCGAUGAAGCUCUGAGAGGCAAAGAAAAGGGAGAAACUUUAUUCUGAAAGGGUUCCUCUUUGACUUGAAAGGUUGAAAAGGGAUUUGCAAGAAAAAUUGUUCCCCUUUUUUAAAUUUAGUUCAGGGCUUUUUUUUCUUCUUUUUUGGAGGGACAGGACAGAUGAGAGAGUAGGGAGUGACAUGCAGUGAAGGGUUGUGGGUAGGAAAUAAGUCUAGGCUGCAUGUUUCAACGUCGAUAUCCACUUUACAUGGGGGUGCCUGAUUUAACCACUGAACCAAACCUAUACCCCUUUUCAUUUUUGGUAAUUUCCGAUUAUCAAGUAAGGGCUUUUGCAUUGUUAGCCUGUAGUUUUGUUAAAUGGCGAAUAUAUUUUGCACGUUAGCUGUACAGUCUUGCAUUUUACACAGCCACCGACCAAAUAUAUAAACAAGUUGGCUCACGAUACAGAAAACACUGAUUUUAUCAUUUUCAAACAUAUAUGUAUGCGGCUGAAAAAAGUAGUCGCCUGAUUCCACUGUGCCGUUUCCAUGGCUACACAUUCUAAUCUACUCGUUUCCGGUUGAUUCAACAGUACGUUUUCAUUGACGGUUACUUUAGACGAGGUGAACGGGACUUCUAAAUUGACAUUUCUAUCUUCCUUUCGGAAAUUUGUAGUCGACACUUGUUUAAAACUAAUGAUGCAAAAAUCACGAGUUAUAACACUGUAUCUUGCGCUGUACGUUUCUUUGUAUCGACCUGUUAGUUAGUGAUGCUGUCGCCAGCUCUACUGCCAGUGCCUCAAUUCUAGGACACUCUCUCAACAUAUGCAAUGUUGUAGAUAAGACUAAUUAAUCCAACAAACGGAAAGUUAAUAAUUUACUAUUUUCAAACAGAAGGUGGGACAGAACUUUCAAUGCGCACUGAUACGAUACGAGAUGUGAUACGGUCGAUUCUUGUCGUUGCUCUUACUAUGAUGAGUUAAUAAUGGAUUUCAUCAGCGGGGGUAUCUAGAGAUUUUGACCAAUCAGCACCUAGUACAUCACAAUCAGGUGAUUUAGAAAAAAAAAAUCAAAUGUUAAAAAUAUUAAAUUUUUGAUUUAAAGUCAGUUUUAUGUGUUUUAUUGCUACACAGAAUUUUAGCCAUAAGUGGCUGAACUGCACCACUGUGGAGUGUUAGAAUUAGGACUUUUUGUUUUGUUGAAGUUGAAUUUUAAUCUUUAUGUUCUAAAAUCAAGGUAACCACAAACUUGACAUUAUGUGUCUGCAAGUCAUUCAACACUAUCGUCAAUAUCUGGGGAAUAAUCACAAACUUUUUACCUGUUUGCACCGAUGAAAAAAAUGUUAGAAACUAAAAAAGUUAUUAUUUCUCCUCUUGUUCUUCAGUCAUGAACUGAUCAAACCGAUAUACUUUUCAGUUCUUUCUCUUUUGCCUCUUAGAGCUUCAGAAGUUAUGUGAUGGUUAAAUUCGAGCAUCACCUACUGUAUCUGUCUUUGCAACAUUUCUCUUGCCAACAAACAACCAGUCAUAAAAUCUAAGCAAGACAUCUCUCAUCUGUUGUGUUGUAAUACUGGAAUCCACCAGAGAGCAAAUGCAAACAUGAAGUAGCAGUUACUAGCUAAAGAUACAGUAUGUAACAAUAAUUUUUAUUUAUAUUGUGGUUUGACAACUUGAAUUUAAACUAGUACCAUAAGACAGUCAUCUGAUGAUUAAAGCUCACAUUGCUGUGCUACAAAACCAUUUAAAAGUCCUUAAUUGUACCUGCAGUGCUCAUUUUUAAAUAACAUGUAUAUUUUUUUCUGCUGGUUUCUUUUUGUACUGUUAUUUGCUGUUGUCCACCCAUACCGAGUCACUGCGUAACACCAAUUCUACUAACAUGUUUUGUCUUUGUGUUGUGUUGCACAGCAGAGGUUUCUGGACCCAUGAGAGCAGUAGUAUUUCAACACUACCUUGCAAGCAAAAACUGAAAUGAGUAUUUUGAUCAUGCAUACACAAACAUGCAAACACACAAAAGUAAAUGCAUCACUGAGAUAAAGUGCUUGAUUAAACAUAGCUUUACUUGCUGCAGCAGAGGCCAGUGUAAGCCAUCUACGUUUUUCAAAUAUUUAAAUCAAAACCUGUUGUGUUUUGUCAGCUGAUGCUGUAGUCAUGUGCAGAUGUUUAAUUAAAUUUACAUGUGAUGUGAAUCUGCUGUGAUUUGCAGGGAAGGGUUAAUGUACAAUGCAGUCAAAUAUGUCCUUUAAACUUAGAAUAAACAGUGUUCUCCAGUCUUGGUUGGUGCUAAGCUUUCUUGUGUGAAACACUCCUUUGGUUGGUCAGACCAUUUGGGUAGAUAAUGCAGAGUUAAAGAUUCCCCUUGGACUCUAGAUCUCAAGUUGUUGUUCUGGGACUGCUCCUGUUUUGUUUAUCUUGCACAUGUACAUCAAGUUCAAAAUUUUACAAACAAAAAAAAGUUAUGUUUUAUAAUCCAGAUAAUCAAAACAUACUGCUGAAAAAAAAAAGUAAAAAUCAUCUUAAAUUAUAAGACUAUUUGAUACUUAUUUUCAGUAAAUUACUUCUCAAACUGUGCAUAUCAAUACCAGGCCUCUCGAUCUAUACUUUAAAACACAUAACCACAACCAUCAAUAAGACUACUGACAAGAGCUGAGACUGUCUCAUUUGUCAAACAGAUUGCAGUGAAAGCAGGUUUAAGGCAUUAACUAUAGAUUUCUUGAAAUAAUAAAUGGCGUACCGCAGGGCUCUGUUAUAGGACCACUAUUGUUUACAAUUUAUACCAACAGUAUUGAUCAUAAUGUUCCUAACAACAAUUUUCCCUUUUAUGCAGAUGAUACAGUUAGACUGCUCCACCCUUACAAGAUGCUUUUGCUACACAGGACACCUUUAAUGAGUUAAUAUUGACCUUAAAUCCUGAUGAAACUCAUGAGCCUGCCAUCUACAUUAUGACAUUUCAAGGUCAUGUGACUGCAUCUGUAUGUUAUAUCUAUCUGUUUUUGUCUGUGUGUGUUCUGUGGAGUGUUCUAUGUAUGGCCACUUGACAAUUUCCCUAUCUAUCUAUCUAUCUAUCUAUCUAUCUAUCUAUCUAUCUAUCUAUCUAUCUAUCUAUCUAUCUUUUUUGUGAAAUUGUGGGAUAGGGAGCUGCUCACCCCUCAUUUUGUUUUAACAGCUGUUUUGGGAUAAUUUCAGAAAGUGUCAUUUAUCCACUCUGGUUUAGAGUUGCCUUUUGUUGUGUUUUUUUCCUUGAGCAGCCCUCCACAUCUUGUUCCUCAUGUCUGCUCCUCUGUCCCUGGCCUUUCUAAUUUCAUUGAUGCAAGCUGUGGCAGAAAGGAUGUAAUGCACAUUUCUGAUGGGUUUUUAGGUUUUAUUCUUAAGCAAUUUCUUUUUAAAGUUGCAGAGGACAAAUGCUCAGGAGACACUUUUUUUUAUCAACAAAUGAUAACCUAAGAUGGUGUAUAUUGUAGAUUAUCUUAUUUCUCUUUAAUUUUUCAGCUUUUCAUGUCAAAGUAAAGGGAAAAAAAGAGAGAUGACCAAGAUUGUGAUUAACUAGAGGUUUUUAUUUUAGUUGGAACACCAAAAAGUGGAAAUAUAACAACAUAAAAGAGGAGCACACACUGUCACUUCUUUCUCCUUUUCACUGCUUUCAGACACCACGUCUGCCUCCAGUUCUCCUCCCCGUCAUAGACCAGAUCAGAGGUCUCAGAGGUCAGGAUGGGCUGCUGUGUAUGAUGCAACUGGACAGUAAGCUUUGGGGUCAUGAAACUGAGUGAGGCUCAUGGGAGUCAGAGACAGACGCUCCGCCGCUCAGGGUCCUGCUGUUCAGAUCACUUAUCCACAUUCAGCAGGACCCUUAGAGGCCAUAGCUAACUAAAAAAGUGAUACAGGUGUAACGUAGUAAGAAAUGUGCGCGCUAAAGCUACUCAGAACAUUACGAUGAGUGUAACAAGAAAUACUGUAACUGUCACAGUUUUGUCCCUUACGUAGAGCAUUAUGUGUUCCCAUUACUGUUCACACAGAGGUCGAGGUCCUUGCGUCGUUUGUUCUGGAUCAGAAAACAACAAUGUGUUGACAUCAAGUUUCACAGCAGAGAGAAGCUGACCAAUCAGACAUCUCUAUUUCAUUUCCUUAUGAGGUGGGAAAAAGCUAAAUUCCAAUUACAGAUGAUAACUGUACUAACUGUUGGUCACUGUGUUGAAUAAGUGGCUAUUUUUACUGAGCCUAAAGCGUACACCAGACAAACACACAUUUGUAGCAGUGAAACAGCAGGUCAGGACAGAAAUACAAUUGAUAAACACAAUGAUGUCAUGUCUUUUCUCUCUGAUACUGUGCUGUGAUUGGUUAAUAUCAAGACUUUAUAUCAAGAAGCUCUUGACAGGAGACAGAUGUUUGAGUCCCUGAACAAAUGGGAUUUGUUGACGUCUUUUAAACUGUCCAAACUUAGCGGUUGGGUUUAAUGCUGUAAUGUGUUCACAUACUGGUUAGCUUAGAGUGCAUAAACCUCUUAAUUAGCGUUUAAAAAGAGCUCUAGUUUGGGUUAACAAUGACAGGUUAACAUUAUCAGUUCUCCAACCAAUCACAGCGCAGCAGAGCAGGACUGGACAUGACUCUAUCGCGACAAAAAAACAACACUGAUCAGGUUAAUAUAUGCAGCGAAGACAAUGUGGGGAUUUACAAACAACCACUAAUAAUUACACAUCAUUGGUAUUAAAUCAAUGAUUAUUUGAACUUGUCAAAGUAAUAUUGGUAGUUUAUUUUUAAUGGUUUAUUUUGGAGCUUUCUUCCCUUCCCUUAGUGGAAAUCCACCAACAGUGUUAAACUGUGUUAGUGUUUAAUAAUCUGAAUGAGUUAAAGUCUCAGUAAACAUGAAGAACAACAUCGUCAGCUGCUGCUUUGCUUCAAGGCAAAAACAUAUACAUAAACAACAAAAACACAUACCGACAGUCCCCACAUUUUCUUUUUUAACAACAUGAGAAAAAAAAAAACUGACAACAAAUGGUGGUCUUGCCAGUUACACUGGUCCAGUUUUGCAUGAGUCCCAAGUUAGGAGGAAGUUCAACAGGUCUGUUUAACAGCCACAUGUACAUGUGUACGUACAGCAGAAACUACAGAGCUGGCUUUCAUGCUACGCCAGAUUAUUCUUCAGUGCACACUAAAAUGGAAUCUGAUGCUUUCGAAAUGAUUAAUCUAUGUUGGAUUAAAGUCUAUUUAAGAUUAGUCUUAAUUAUUCGGAUUCAGUUUGGACUUUUUUAAAAUACUGACAGAUGCAGCUGCAGCUUUCUUUGACACAUGGAUUAUUUUUCAUUAUAUAUUAUUUUUAAUGCCUAACUUUCUGAGACUAUUCUAUGAAAACACCUAAUGUAAAAGUAAAAAAUACACGGCGACACAAUGAGAGGAAAUUUACCUCGUGCUGUACAAACUUGUGACAAAAUUAUUUGCCCGCUAAGUGCUCUGAUAGGUUGGGGAGCGUGUCCUAUUUUCCUGAACUGAAAAUGCAGUAAGGUGCAUUUAGGACAUCAGAACGUAAACAAAGUGUGUCCAAAGACAAACAGUGUUACUCUCACAGUAUAAAACAAAGUCAAACCUGGAGGAGGACAUUUUGGGAAUGUUGUGAAAGUAGUCUUGAAGGUGGAGGUGGAGGGUGUGGUUUGUUUGGUUGGAGUUUGUUCAGCCCUCCCUCGCUGUGACUCGUGGUUCAGCCAGUAAGCCGAGGAUGAUGCUGCUGAUGGACUCCACUCCCUCGCCCUCCAUGAUGGUGCGGUGGUCUCCCUCGACGACGUGGACUGACACUUUGCCGUCGCACACCUGCAGGAGAAAGAACAGAAAGAAGAAUUUAGUGAGGAUACAAUUAUGGACGAGGAUUGGCUUGUUGGGGGUUGGGACUGCCUACUCCCUGGUAUGGGUGAAAGUGUAAGACCUUGUUUAAACCCCCCUUAAAUACAAACAUAGAUCUGCACAUUUGAAACAGGUAAGUGUCACAGCUCUUAUAAGUAUAUGUAUCCUUUGCAUUGGAAUAGACAGUAUUAAGUCUUUAUGAUAGAGAUAUCAGUAAUGAGAAGAAGAAGAAGAAGAAGAAACAUUUGCACAGUAUGCUGUUAUGUUGUGUGUUCUACAAAGUCUGUGGUUUGAACUAUUGACUUGCUAGUUCUGCAAUGUGUGAAGGAGCUCUGCAAGCAUGCAGAAGACAAGCAGCAAUGAAUGUCAAGAACAAACUUAAGGCUCUAUACAUGCAUAUCUAACAUAGAGCAUAAAUGAGGCUUCGACCGGUCUCUUCUUGAUUUUGCAAAAGAUGCCAGUUAGAAAUGUUCAUGUCAAAGGUAAGAAUUUGAGAGGUGUCAUGCAAGUUUUUAAAACAAGUAUUACUUAAGCUGUAAAAGGAGUAACAGGAAGUCAUGAGCUGAAAUGUUAACCUCUGGACAAAGAGGGUCUGACUGUUUUUUGUUUAUGUCUGUUGACAGCACCAGUGUUGAAAAAAGUCUGCAAACAGAUACUGUUCAUGCAUCCUGAGGUGUUAAUCAAACUAUAAUCAAUGACCAGCAGACAGCAAAAAGAGCCUCUGUGUAAAAAAAGCAGAAGAAGAAGACUGAGAAAGUAUGUAAUUAUUUGUAAUAACCAAAAUAAUUCAUCAAAUUAAGCUGUUAGAAAAAUGCGUUUUCGAGAUGAAAAUGUUCAAUAUAUCAAUGCUUCAUUUGUGCAUAUUUCUUUAUAUUUGCAGACUCUGAAAAAUCAAGUAGAGACUUCCUUAAAUAAGUUUAUCAUUUUAUAGUCUGACAGAAGAUGCUUUGAUUGUUUGACUUGCAGCACAUAGACUCUGUGUAUUAGAAGCUGUGCUGUAAGACUCUGUGUUCAGGUGUUGUUUGCACAUAUUUGAAUAAAGUAAUAUCGUAAACAGCCAUUAUUAAGCAGGAUGGCAGUGGGAGUGUUAUUUGAUCUCAGUGAGCUGCUCUUGUUGACUCUCUCCGGGGAGUAAAGAGGAGGUUGUGUUACAGAUCGUAAAACAGGAAUCACAUUUAUUCAGUCUGGGUUUCAAAAUAAAUAAAGCUGUAAAGAGAGCCACCCUCUUCCUCUCCAGCCCAUCAUUUAUAUGUAGACAGAUUUAACACUUUCUGCAUGACAGAACAGAAACAACUGAAUGUUUACUCAGUUUUGAAACGUGCUACUGCUCGUCUGUAUGUUACCUCGCUGAGCUUGUAGUCAGCUCCCAGGCUUUGUCCGUAUUCACUGCUGGCUUUGGCUCGCAGUAGCGUCACAUUGCCGUGGUAUGUGGUCGCGGGCUUGUAGCCUUCAGCGGCCAUCAGCUUGUGGUAGAAGGUGCUGGCUGCAAAGUGAAGCAUGUCUUUGCUGAUGGUCUUGUGACUGGAGGUGAUGAGGUCUACAGCAGCGUUCACGCGGGCUGCGAGGUCUGACAGCGGGAGGAGAGCCUCCACAAGCUGAGAAUAAGAAAAGAAGCGUACAGGAGAUAUUUGGUCAAAACAGGUGAAGUUACAGCGACUGUGUUGAUGUUUUAUACAGUCUUUUUGAUUGGAUGUUUAGAAAGUGAAGUCCCCAAAGACCUGGCUAAAUUUUUGUACCUUGUUGUACUCGAUGCCUGUAAACUGCUGGAUGAAAGCACACAUGGCUUCAGUCUCAGCCUCAGACUCUUUCCCUGGUGUCAGCUUGGCCCUGUAGGUCUGAAAACAAAUAUCACGUCACUCAUACCGUUUUGUGACAACCCCACAAAUCUUACACUAUGACUCCCCAGAAUAAAACAUGUUUCUUUUUCUAACCUGUGUGUACGCUGCUACGUAGGAGUGUGAUCCGUCAAACAGGAAGAGGUGCUCCACGGCCUGGUUCUGCAGCUGGAGCUGACAGCACAUUUCAAACGCCACGCAGGCGCCAAAGGAGUACCCGGCGAUCCGGUACGGCCCGUCUGACUGCACCUGUCUGAUACAGUCCACGUAGUACGCUGCCAGAGACUGGAUGCUGUCAAGAGGAGCAGCUGGAAAAGAGAUCGAUCAACUUGUUAUGUGCAUCCAUAUAAGAAACAGACUCAUAAACAUAUAAACUGAGUAUCAUCAUGUCUUGACCCGCAGGUACAAUAAACAAAGAGAUCUGACAUUUGUUUAAAAGAUCACCCAAAUUCAGCCAAAAUAAAAAGGAUAAAUCUUAUUUUAGGAGUUUCAUCAGCUCAGUUAGUUUAAAAAAAUCGUACCUUUGGUGCACUGUAGGCCGUAGCAGGGAGCAUUGAGUUUGACAGCAAGCGUCUUGAAGGUGGUGAUGGAGCCCUCGAUGGGAUGGACCAGGAACAGAGGUCUCUCUUGGCUCUGGACCUUGUUGAGUGGCGUCACUGUGGAGUCGCUUGGGUUGACUAAAAUCUGAUUGAGGUCUGAUUCCAGCACCGACUUCAGACUGUUUCUUUUAGCUCCCUGGGAAGAGUCUAGAUGAAAGCAAAGACAGAAGAAUACGUUUAUUUCACUCCGUCCUUCAUCACGUCUGUCAUGCUGUUGUUAUGCGCUGAUUUUUUUUCCUGUACCACUUGAUCCUGCUGGCUUGCUGGUGGACAGAUCUCGCAGCUUGUUGAUGGUGAGCUGGCGGAUCUCCCUCAUGGUCAUGACGAUAUCGUAGUCUCGCUCCAGAGUCUGUCGGACUUCCACACCCAUCAAAGAGUCCAGGCCCAGAUCAGCCAAUGAGGCGUCAGCGUUAAGGCUGCUCACAUCACGUACGCCUACGGAGGAAUGUUACAGAGGGAGAACUGUGAGUGCUGUGGCGCUGAAUUUAGUUUGAGAAAUGAGAGGACAGGGAGGAAAUAAUCUUAUAGAUGUGACACUUGAUCAGCUGAACAUUUCCAGCUCUUACCCAGAAUGUGAGCGACAGUAUCCACCAGGUUCUUCUGACUCGCUCCCUCGCUCUUCACCACCGUCCUCUCCGCCAGCACGAAGCUGGACAUCACCGGCUGCUGCUGGCACAGGAACCGAUCCAAAACCUCCAGACAGGAAGCGAUGCGCUGCGGUAGGGUGCCGCCGAUCACCGUGUCGUUGCCACCCAUUGUCUCCAGAACCACGCCCACGUCGCCGAUGGCACCCCACUGGACCGCCAGCCCGGGCAGGCCGUCGUAGCGGCGCUUUUCACACACACGCUCCAUGGCAGAGUUGGCGAAGCCGUAGUUACUCUGACCGGCGUUACCACGGCCACAGCUGACUGAGGAGUAGGCCACGAAAUAGCUGAGGUCUGGACAUGAUUUUCUUGUCACCCUGGAGAGGAGCAGAGGACAGUACAGAGAGAUUAAUGGAGGGACUAAAAAUUGUGAUAGAGACACAGUUCUCUAAAGGACUGUGUUUGUCUUACUUGUCCAGGUUUAAGGUGCCGUCAUAUUUUGGUUUGUUGACGUCAAGGAAGAGCUGAGGAGUCAGAUUCUCCAACAUGCCGUCUUUCAACACCUGUUAAUGAAAAAACAUACAAUGAGACAAAGUCAUAAAGUGUACUGAUAGAGUACAGAUUAAAGAGGAAUCAGUCAGUGUGUUUACAUGCACAGCUUAAUCGGACUAAGCUCAUAAUUCGUUUUUUUUUCACCGAAUCGUACUUCUUUCCUUGUCUGUGUAUACAUGAAACUGAGAAAAUCGAAGUGUUGAUGUGAAAGUGUCCUUCUCCCCAAAACUAGGGGGCGAUAUGGGUCUCAUCGGUGGCGCUGUUUCCGGUGACCCGGCAAGUCCGUGCCAGACAUCAGAAGUGUCUACAACUGCUGCUAGGCAUUUUCGAGCAAGGAGUUGGCGCAUCAUACAGCGUUGUUUUUGUCAUACAUGAUGUACGCCCUAAUUUUUCUGCAGAUGAGAUGCACGCUACUCUUCUUCCCUGGUGUUUUUGUUCCGGGGUUAGGGGGGUGUUGCGCAAGUACAUGCAUCGUCCAAUCAUACUCAAACUACGCUGGUUAUAUGGUAGAGAAAAUCGAAUUCCAAUCGCAUUAUCUGGGUGUCUUAAUCAGAGUUCUCUGACUCCAAUUGGAAUUCUCAAACUUUGAUUAUAGUCGGACUAAGUUGUCAGGUCUUAAUCAGAGUAGGGCAAUAUUUCGGUUUUCUCGAGCGUCAUGUAAACGUACUGAGUGUUGGACAGUUUGCAUCAAGAUUCAUUAUAAAAAUGAUUCAUUUGAACACCUCUUGUUAAAGGUAUCAAAAAUGACCAUAUAUAGAUGUUGUCAGUUUUGCUGCUGAUGUUCUCAAUUUGCAUUUGUGGAUCAUAAAGACGCAUGCGUAUUCAUUUUCUGAUCAGUGUGAAGGACUAAUGAUGAUGAUGAGGUUACCAUAGCGAGGUGGAAAACUCCUCCCACUGGGCCCACUGAGUUGGCCUCGGCGAUCAGGCGCUCCGUCCCCUCCAGCGUGCUGACAUCAUUGGUCGACACGAGCACUUUCACACCCUGACUCUGCCAUUCACGCACUCGCUUUGCCUGGUAGCCUAGCAACAGUGACAGGAGAAAACAACAAGUUGGCGCAGCAUUAUGAGACAGAUUUCUAACAUGUUACACCAGUUUGUAGCUUUUCAGGUUGUUUUACACUCUUCCCUGGAUCUGGUUGUAACUCACCGUUCCUGAUUCCUGAUCUUGAAGUCAGCACCAGUUUGCGAGCUCCUCUCUCAGUCAGCCACUGAGCAAGCUCCAGUCCGAAGCCCCCCAGUCCUCCGGUGAUGAUAUAAGAGUGGGAGGGGCGACAGAACGUGCGACAGAUCGCUUGAAUAGACAGAGGAGAGGAAGUUUUGACUGCCUCGUCCUUUUCCUCAUGACAGACCUGUGUGCAGAGAAGAAGCAGUGAGAGGAUUUCUAGUGUGUCGCACAUCUUUGAAUUUUCUCUUCCAGAUGAACAAUUAAAACUUGAUUCAUAGUUAGAAUUAAAAAAUCGUUUCAUUCUUCUAUCGAAAGCCAAAGUUUGAGUCCAAACUGACCCUCAGGACGACUUUUCCAAUGUGUUUCCCCUGAGCCAUGUAUCUGAAAGCCUCCUCCACCUGGUCCCUCUCAAACACCGUCGUCUUCAGAGGCUGGACUACACCUCCUUUGAUACCUUCCUUCAGCAGCUCGGACACUUCCUCCCACUCCUUAUUACCUUCUUCAAAGAGUGCGUCAAGCAGGAUGCCGUGAAACGCUACAUUCUUCAGGAACAGAGCCAUGCCUGCAGAGAUCACAACAACAACAUGAUGCCAACAGACGGACACUUCUCAACUAGAGAUUUACACUCUAGAUAGACACAGAAUGGUAGGGCAAUCAGUGUUGGCAAUAUGACUACUCAUGUAAAAAAAGGAUUGAGCAUGAAGCACAAAUCAGAAAUAAUCAUUACACAUUUUUAUCUUCCACUCACCCAGUGGAGAGUUGUUGGACAGAUCAAAUUUGCCGAUCUCCAAGAAACGUCCAUGUCUGGCCAAGCAGCGAAUACUGGCCUGCAGCUUCUCCUCAGCCAGAGAGUUCAGCACUACAUCCACACCUAAAACACACAGCAAAUACAGUAUGUCAUUAAAAACUGCCAUUGUUGCAAUCUGUAUGUGUAACUGAGCGGUCUCUGGUUGGAUAAAAAUCUUUUUGACUGAGCUUCACACCAGCACCGUUUUGAAGAAAUGCUGAUCUUUAUCAAGUUUAAAAAAGUUUAUCUUGAAGUGUGGAAAGACUUGCAGUUAAUACCUCAGUGGAGUGUGAUAUCUAUUAUCUUUGCAGAUACAGUAUGAUCUGAAUUCUUUAUAAAAGUGCCUCUAUAAAGGUAUCAUUAAUUCGAAUGCUGUGUGUCUCACCUUUUCCCUGUGUGUGCAGCAGGACAUGCUGUUCGAACGAGGCGUCUCUGGAGUUAGCGAAGGACUCUGCAGUAAGCUGAGGGAACCUCUGCUGCAGGUAGGCACGCUUCUCCGCUGAGCCUUCAGACAUCAUACACAGAAAAUGUUAGCAUUGAGAAAUAGUGAUACCAAAGCUGGUCCAAAAGAACAGGAUUCAAAACAAGCCUUGCAGCAACUGAGGGGAUAUUUUUUGAUUUUUGAUAUCUGGGUUUAGGAGAUCCAAAAAACUCAUAAACAGUUUUUAAAAAUAUUUAAAAAGUUAACAGAAACGGUCUUUCACUUGAUAAAACAUACAGUGUAUACAUGAAAGUCAAUGCAAUAUCAGAUCAGGCCUGAAUUAAUGUGAUAGUGUUAUUUUAACAUAAGAUCACUCACCAACUGUGGUGAAGACUUUACAUUUCUUGCUCAGUGCUAUAGCGAUGGCAGCCUGGCCUACGCCCCCUGACCCUGAGUGGAUCAGAACAGACUCUCCAGGGCGGAGCCGGCCCCGCACAAUCAGAGAGUAGUAUGCUGUAGCGUAGACCACCGGGACUGAGGCUGCCUGCUCCAGGGUCCUGCACAAACACACAUACGAAUACAAAUGCAUUAUUAGUUUUAUCAUUUAUCACACAGUUUGGGGUUCAUUGAUGUUUAUUUUGAUUUCUGCAGUCUGGUUAUCUUUGUUAUUGAGUCCUGUGACCCCCAUCUUCACUGACACAUAAUCUAUCUGAAACCAGUGACACUGACCAGCUGGAGGGAACAUCCCACAGGAAGCGUUUGUCAGCAUCCACACUUGUAGCCAGGCCUUUAGCAGGAAGCAGCCCCAUCACACGCCGACCACCAGGGUCACGGCCUGAAAACUCCAUACCCAGCAUGCACUGCUGCAGAGCUAGGUCACCUACAAGAUCAACAUUGAAAAAGCUUUGAGUCCUCCAGUAUAACAUUAGCAGUCUGUAUUUACUUAUCAACUAUUUAUGGAAAUACAGAUAAUUUCUAUUCUGUGUCUUCUCUACUGUCACUACCUGGGAUAGCAUCUGGCGGCAGUUUGCCGGUGGCCAGCAUGAUGUCUCUGAAGUUGAGCGAGCUGUAGUAGACGCGGCACAGCUGCACAUCGGGGUUGCUGGUUACAAAGUGACGGAGCGGAGAGGCGAUCCAGCGCAGAGAGGACAGAUCACCACGAGUCAGCACGUUGACAUAGGCGUACUCUGUAGACGCUUCAUUAAGAUCUAAGAUACAAAAAAACACAAAGAAAAAAGAAGAACAUCUUUCAUAAAACUUACAGAGAGGAGAAUUAUCAACUUUCCAUGUACCCUUCUCUCAGGCUGACUGGUCUUUGUAUUCACAGUUACUCACUAAUUUUUAACAGCUUCCAGUUUUUAUUAUUAUUAUUAUUAUUCAACUUUAUUUCAGACCCACCCACAGGAUGAUGCAUAUCACAAAAAAUAAAAUACACACAUAGAGCAAAAUACACACAAGAAGACAAAACAAACAAACACAGUUUAUCUGUAUGCAACCAAAGUUGACCAAAACUACUCCAACAAAGAUGUCCCAUCCAGCCGGACAGAAAAAGUAUGAAAAUUGUGGUACGACAUAUAGCUACACUGGAUAGCUGAAUUAUUUUUAUCAAGAUUAACUAUACCAAAGUUCUGUUGAAGUGCGAAUGCUGUAAAACAAAACUUUAGUACAAUUUAUGAAAAUGUAGUACAUGAAUAACUAAUUUUUAACUACUCUACCACACAAUCUGUAAUGGCUGUGGUGGAAAACAGUACCAGGACCACAUCACUCUGACUAGAAUCAGUAUUUUUGGUAGAUUUCAGGUGUUUUGGUACCUUGAGAUAUGAGCUGGUGCCUGAAGACGCCCCAGUGUCCGUCUCUGAAGACAUUCAUGACCAGGUCCCCGUCCAGCACUGACUGCAUGGACUUAUGGUUCAGCUGAAGGGUUGGUGCUGAAGAAGAUGUGUUCAGGUUGGAAACAAACGCACAGCUGGAUAAAAAGAAAGAGAAAACCGAGACAGAAAAUAAAACAGAGAAAUAAAGAGUCAUCAGAUUAACCACAUAAAUUGAUAAAUCACUGAGCGCACAACUGUACACAAUAGAAGAAGAAAUUAUUUAAUACAAACAACAGACAUUUACACUGGCGCAAUGUCUGGUAUGUUUACAUAGUAGAUGUGUCCUACCGUAUCCUGUUGCCCCCUGGCUCCUGACGCAGACAGUUGACCAUUCCCACAAUGCCGCAGUGAGCCUGAGAGGCUGUCAGCCAAACUGGACAGUCCGAUGAGUCAGCGAUGGUCGCCUGAAUUCAACACACCCACAGGAAACCCAGAGAUAAAACUAAUGUCACACAUAAACUGAGUCUGACCGACUGUGAGGGAGUCAACAUCUGCUUGACAUAUUAAAGUUACACAUUUACACACAAAAAAAGACCCACCUUGAGUGUUUCCACCCACUUGUAGUCAGUGCUGUCCACAGGUAGGAGGACAGGCUGUUUUUUAUCCACAGACUGAGUGCGGCAGAGGAAGAGGGCAGAGCCAUAAUAAGACUUCCUGACAGCCACCACAUGAAGGGAUGUUUCUGCAAACAAUUUCUCCCACUCGGCCUGAAGAGAGAGACGUAGAAAAUAUCAGCACCACGAAACCUCUUGACAUCUCAUGGUAUUGAUUUACCCAACCAAAUUUAAACAGAAAAACACUGGAACCAAACAGAUUAAACUUUUUUUAACGUUUUACUUUUAAAAGACCAGCAGGAUAAGACUCUUUCUCUAAAAACAUCAACUAUUACCACUUUGUCAACAUGGAAUAGUGGGACCAACAAAAAAAGAAAAAGUUUGUCAGAGAGGCUUUAAUUAAAAUUAUUUCACUUUUUAAAAUAAGAUAUUCCUUUAAUAGUCCCACACCAUUCCAAAAUUACUGCAGCAUAAAUACAGAUACAAAAAGAGAAAUUAGAGGAUAAAGAAACUUAGAGUUUAAAAAAGAUUUGUACGUGAGUCUUAUUUACUAUAUGCAUGUGUACGGAAUAUACAUAUAAAUAUGAUUUUUUGCACACUGAGGUUUUCUGUUGUGGAGUCUGACAGCUGCAGGAAGGAAUGACCUGCGAUACCUCUCCGUCACACACUUCAGGUGGAGCAUCCUGUCCCUUAAGGAGCUCCUCAGUGCAGUGAGUGUGUGUUGGAGGUUUUUAUUUGAAACUGAUUCACGAUGGGAUUGCACAAUUUUUGCACCCACAUCAUCUAAGCUAAUGCGCCAAAAAAGACAUCACCUGAUCCACAAACUGUGCUGCAGAACAAAUAUCAUCACUGCGGACUGAUAUUGUUUGAAGAGCUUUCUAUCAAACUGAUGAACAUUUUGGUGCAUUGCUAUGUAGGGCUGGGUGAUAUGGCCUCAAAUCAAUAUCACGAUAUAUUGAGCAGUUCACCUCGAUAAUGAUAAGUGGAACAAUAACUACUCCACAAACCGCUCACUCCCUCCCACAUUAACUUCGUCUACUUAAGCCGCCGCUCCAGCUGCUACAACUUUUGAACCGUCCUCCAUCUCCUCACCUGUCUUUCGCUCUUUGUUACGGACUGGAUGGGAUGGAGUCACGUCUCUGACAUAGGUCAGCGUCUUAAAGGGACAUGAGACCAUAGCCUACCUACACACAUCCAAAACCAACUUUUAUUUAUUUUUUUGACACUGAAUAUACUGAUAUACCGAUAAAUUUAAUGUCAUAAAUUUCGGUAUCGGUAAAUUUUUUCGGUUUAUCACCCAGCCCUACUGCCAUGUGAACGCUGAUACUUCACAAAAUCAAUCAUGUAAAGUAAGUCAUUCUUUUGACAGCUCAAAGUGAAUUAUUAAAAAGAAAAUAAAUUAUGUGAUUCAUCAAAACAGGCUGUCAUGAUGAUGCUUCUGUCUAGUCAAGGACUGAUCUGUUUAUCAUUAAAACACUGACUGACCUGUGUUAGCAGUUUUCCUUGGCUGCCAUUCUGAGCGCUGCUGGAAAGAAACGUGACCGUCUCCCCCAGAGUCUCCCCCUUCAGGAGGGUGUGCAGGAGAACAAACCCUCCCUGUUUGGCUCCAGAUGCCAGGUUUGCCACCAGCAUCCCAGGGUCUGUCUUCAAGGAGCCCCAGGCGUGGUUACACAGCACCAGGUCUGCCCCUCCAACUGCCCCUCCUGGCGCUGGACCUGUGAGGGGGUCCCACUGAGCUGAAGCCACUGUCAGCUCCUCCAGGGAGGACUGGUGGGGUGCCAGAAGUUCCAGGUUGGUGGUUGUGGCGGUGUAAUCCACACGCAGCAUGGGCUGAAUGUUGAGGAGGGGGACGACACGGGAGAAGAGCUGACCAUCGUCUGAGAGAGCCUGGAAAAGUCAGGAGAAGAAGAUGUGAGAUUGAAGCAGAGACCUGAACCUUUCUGAAUCAUCUGCGUGUUUUUCUGUUACAGUCUGACCUCCAGGACUUUAAUCUUCCCAGGUGUGCUGUUCUCCAUGGCGGUGUCCAGACAGUGUCUGAGUCCUGGGUGGUCCAGCAGGCCUAGCAGCAGGCUGUCCUGCAGCAGACACGCUCUCUCCUUCUCCACUGUCUGUUCCAGCUCAGACUGAAGGUUUCCGUUCAGCUCCAGGCCGCAGAGCAGCGACAGCAGACGGACAAGGCCGGGCUCGGAUGGUUCAAGGCUGGGGAGGGGGCCGUCUGACACACCUUGUAGCCCAGGUAUGGACAGCUUGACACCGUGAUUGGCCAGCUUCUGCUGCAGUCUGUGGAUUAAACCUGGAUGGAUAAGCAUAUGCAAAAAAGAAAACAGGUUUAUGAGUUUGAUUUGUUUUAAAGAAGCAGAAAUGAAAGCAUUGUGGGAUGUUUGGUUUGGGAUUUAUUUUGGGGGUUAACAGAGGAUCAUGUUUACCUUUGCAGAUCCUCAGCUGCUCUGCCAGCUUCCCAUUGGCUGUCAGGCACUCUGUCUCCACGUACGGAACAAACACAAACUCCUCAAGGGUCGGGGGGCUCUGCUGCUGCUGCCGGCGGGGAGCCACAGUGGCGUGGAGACCACAGAUCUGAACUCCACCAGCAGUGAUGUUGUCAAGGCAACGGUUUACAUGGACAUCCACGGCUUCAGGGGAUAAGAAUGAAAAUUUACACGAGAGUUGGACUGAACGCAAACAUCUGUUACAGAGUUGAUCACGGUUAAAAGAAAAUUCAAAUAAGACGCACUCACCUUGUUUUCCUUCAGCAUACUCGCCGACCUUCUCCUGAUGAACAGCUGGAUCGAUGCACACUGAGCGGAUCCUGGUGGGCAGACGUAGACUACGACCUGACAGCCCGACAACAAUCAUCUGCAGCAUCGUGUCCAAAAAGGUCACCCAGUUUCCCGUCCACUGCAGCUUCCCGCUGUCUCCUGGAAACCAAUAAACAGACACCACAACCAAUGAGUGGUACUUCUGUGGGUAUAGUGGGGUGGUAAAUCUUUGUUUUCAUAAUGUUUUGACACAACUGCUGAAAUAAAUCACACACACAAACAUAUGUCAGUGUUACCUGCAUUGUUAGACUCUAAGAUGCCCUGGAAAGUCUUCCCGUAGUCGUAGCCCCUCAGGCGCAGCUCUUUGUAGAUAUCAGGAGCUGUGAGCUUCAGUUUGGGGUCACUGUCUUUGCUGGCAGCUUGUUGUUUUAUCUGAGAGUGGAAAGAAUCAAGAGCCGCAUCCUGCAGGAGACUCACCUUACCUGAAAACAAACGCAGGACAAAGAAAGAGAAGAAUCUGUUUAAGAGAUGUCAGGAUGUCAGGACAAUCAGUCAGUGAUUUAAAAAAAUAAGGAUUUCUUUUUAUCAGAUGAAAACAAAUGAAGCAGUGUUCACUGUUUUACAUGCACAAACUGAAUCCUGUGGACAUGAGCUCAACAAAUAUGGUGUUUGAGUCAGGGAGGUUGCACACUGAUUAGCGCCUUGAGCAGUUUCAGGUUGGGUGCCUUGCUGAAGGCCAGCUCAGCAGAGCCCUGGAAGUGAGUUGGCACCUCCUCAGCUAACAGUCCAAUUCCCAAACUGGGAUUUGUUCCUAAUACAAGUCCCUAUGGACUGAGCUAGCACUGCUCUCCUCAUACUUCCAAAUAACAGGUGAUGAUCUGCUUCAGAGGACUGGAUCCUUGCCUGUGUUAAAAGCAGGGUAUGAAUUGCCUUAUCCCCUCCUCCAGUUAGGCUGCAUUUGAUGCGUCAUAUACCCUCGCCAGUAGAUGGUGCAAGUUGAUUGGCUUUGUAUAAGGUCAACUUCCCUCUCACUCUAUACCAGUGGUUCUCAAGUCCAGUCCUCGAGGCCCACUGUCCUGCAUGUUUUGGAUGUUUCCCUGCUCCAACACACCUGAUUCAAAUGAUCAGCUCGUUAGUAAGCCAUUACAGAGCUUGAUAACGAGCUGAUCAUUUGAAUCAGGUGUGUUGGAGCAGGGAAACACUGUUCUAUACAAUAAAAACUUGCUAACUGUUGAAGUUAGCUGAUGCAACAUGCUUGAGGAGAAAGCUAAGGAGAGAAGGUAUCUAAUCUGCUAAUAUAAGCUGUCAUUCAGACUCUUAUAAUCAGGGUGUUGUUUAUUGUUAAAAUGCAAAAUCUCCCUACCACUGACGGUUAGGUUUCCAUUCUCUGAGACCUCAAACUUGUUGGUGGAAGGCAUGAGCCGCACCUCCAGCUGGACAGAGCCUGAGGGGAGGACACAGGAGAAAAAGAAGGCAAGGAGGAGGACAAAUUUAGUCAAUCAAUAAACAUAAGACUUCUUAUAAAGGAGGAUAAUCGAAGAUCUGGAUCUGAUCUGCUCUCACCGCUCUUUGGAAGAAUUGUGGCUCUGUGGAUGGUGACAUCUUCAAAGGUUAUAGGGGUGGUUUCCAUGACGAUCCCCAGAUUUCUCACCAAGGUGCGCCAGGCCAGCACCAAGUAACCCGUCGCAGGGUAGAGGACACGCCCAUCAAUGCAGUGACCGAUCAUGUAGUAAUCUGCAGACUCUGGGUUUAUGUCUGUGGGUUAGACAGGAGAGUAUCUUGGUCAAGUUAGAUCAAAAACUUUUAGGCAUGCACACUAUUAUAAGUACAAUGUCUAUAUCAGCAGGAAUUUUCCAAUCCAGCUAUAUGGAUCCAUCUUUAGUGUUGGAAAAAGACAGUAAAAUGCUGUUUGUUGAAUAUAACACAUGUGGACAGAUGCACACCUGCUUCUCUAUUACUGCUUUAUUUCUUACCGAUCUUGAAGACAGUGGCAGAAUUGGAUGCUCCUGAACCAGCUACAAAGUGCUCUGGCAGUGGGACGUCCCAGGUCUGGGCAUGAUCCCACUGAACCAAAGGGGAGAUCAGAGGAGUACCAACAGGCACAGGGUACUCCACUGCGGGCCAGAGGCCAUUAGCAGCCACAUUAAUGCUGAAAAGGAAAAUUAAAGAAAAAUACACAUAUAAGCAACCUUGAACUGCUUCACAGAGGUCUCAAAGAGGAGGAGCAGAAAGCUGAAUAAUACCCGUUCAUGUAGACUUUUCCGAUGUUUGUGAGGAAGAACUCGAGGUUGUUGGUGUGGCCUCUCUUCAUGAGAGGGAGGAUGGAGCAAGUUUGCUUCAGGCUUCUCUUCAGGAUGGCCUGAGGAGGGAACAGGUUCGACUGAUCAGACAUUUUAUCACUGCUGGUCCAAAACAAUUUCACUGAGCUGCUUAACUCUUUCACGACAGAAACAACAUUCAAAAAGAUAACAGAGGAAACAAAACCGAAAAUAAAAUGGUUUAAGAAAGUUGUAUGACAGAAGUUUUAAAAGAAAUAGUUUGGGUAACUGGAGUGGGGAUUUUGUAAAGUUGUCAAUAGUAAGUGUUUUAUCCACAGGGGGGUAGAAGUCAACUUGGCCCCUUUACAAAGAAACCAGGUGGAGAACCAGGCAAGGAACUAGGCAUUGGUGCUGCUUUCAGACAUCUUUAAGUGCUUUGUUUUGCAGCAGAAAGCCUCUUUGUUUUAGCACCAAAACAAAGAGCACAAAGACUUGGCAAAAUCGGCACUUCAGGACCUUUCUGAGUCAGAGGAAACCAGCAGAUUCAUUCGAUGAACUUUCAUGACACCUUUCUUCCUCAUCAUAUCAACAUCAUGCUGAGUAUACCUGCAGCAGAGCGUGAGGUGCUAUCUCCACCACCACUGCGUUGUCGGGAACCAUACGGAGACCCUCCUGGAACAGCACGGGGCUGACCAAGUUGUUGACGUGAUAAUCAGCCGAGCUGGUCAGAGCCAGAGGAGAGUUCCAAUCAGCCUGAGGGAUGCUGGUGCUCACCCAGCGAGGCGAACGCUGCCGUGGUUCUUUUAUCACCUGCACACAAGAUGAUGACAAAUUAAUACCCACCAAACAGCCCAAAACUUUGAUAACCAUUUACAUCAAACCUAAAAUAAGAGAGUUGGGCGAUUUCUAUCAAAUAGAGUAAGUCUAUCCCAGAUAUUCUGAUGUGAAACUAAAAUUUAAGAAAAACAGCUGUUGAAGUAACUAAGGAUUGUGUUUUUAUAUGAUUAGUCAAGGUGAAUGCUUCUGACUCUGCAGACAACAAUCGUCUCAGUCUGCAAAACACGUUGCACUUUCACAGCUAAAGAAUCUGUUGUCUGUCUUAGCAUUACUAGAUUUUGCAUAAAUGUGAAAUAUUCUGCAACAGUAAAAGAAAGCAGAUUUCUGAAUAGCUUUACAUUCCUAUUUUAGUGCAGAGAUAGUAAACAUUCUACACAGCAAAGUUCUGUUUUCAUUCCAGUUUAUAAAAUCCACUGUAGUAUCCAACAAAUCAUCAGUGAACUUCUCCUUUACAAAAUAUUUAUCAGUCUUGAAAAUGUUUGUCAGUCAGGAUCUAAUGAGUAAAACCUGUUGACGUGUAUUUGCUACACAACUGCCUAAAACACAAGUUAAAGUAAAACUUGCAGGUUGGAGACUAUUUUUGCACUCACUCUGAGACUCCAGUCUAAAGUUAAGUUCUUAUAUUUGACCCUCAAUCCUCCACUUUGCAUUUCAUACACAUGAUCCAGCUAUACGUCUAUUUUUGAAUUAUUUUACAGGCUUAUGAAAAUGAAGUUGGAGAUAAAGGGUAGAUGGAGGGAGAGAGAGUGAUGACAGUGUCCUGCUACUUUCUAUUAAAGGUGUUCAUGGCUGAAAAGUCAGCCUACAUUUUCAGCCUCCUACUACUACUGCAAGUUAAGCAACGGUAUAGUCAGAGUAUCAGCCCUUCAUGACUCAUUGUUGAAAAAAAAAACUGAAAACAGACUCUUUUUUUCUCUUUAUCUGUGCCCUUAUGUAAAAGAUGUAUAAAAACAAAGGUUAACUUCCUCAGCAACUAUUUUCGGAUAAAGUUAUACAUCAAUGUUGUCAAUAAUUUAAUUUCAAAUGUGUUAUUCAGCAACUGUUAAGGUAACAGUAGGAUUCAAAGCUAAAUAUCAAAGUGUUAGAUCAACAAACCUUCUUCAGAGCAGCCAGCAGGGCAGGAGCGAUGGAGGCCAUGUAGUAGGAGUGGAAAGCAACGCCAGCGCUGCGUACCUCCUUUGCAAAAAUCCCCUGCUCUUUCAGCUCUGCCACAUAUUUACUGAUCGCAUCCUGGAGAAAAACAAACACAACACAACCGUUUAAGCUGAAUGACAACAGAAUAUCCUGAUAAAACUAUCUUUUUGGAUUCGCAGAUUAGGGAUGGUUGAAAAUGAUUCACAUAAAUCUCAUACUUUGUUGUAAAUUUAAAAUCAAAGU